AAGCAGAAGACGAUGGAAAAUGUUGCACUACAGACUGCUGCGAUCUUUUGUGAAUAUUCUCAGCAUAACUGUGUUCUUGGUGGCGUGUCAAACGGAGAAUCCUAUUAAAAGUACAGAUUAUAUUUCAUCGCCAACGAACAAGCUUAAGUUAUUGGAACAAAAUGAAAAACUAUUGAUGAAUCUCUAUGAAUACAUUGAGCGAUUGCAUGAGAAGAUUGAGACAUUACGAAAGAUUGGCAAGCACUUACAUCAGCCACAAGUGGCAGCAAAGGGUCGAGAAGAAGAAUUCCUUUCCAAUCCGAUGAAUAGUUUGUCGCUUAUAAGACAAACGCAUGCAGAUUGGACUCAUGUGGAGAUUUUGAUGGAACAACCAGUUGGUCAAAAACAAAUGGAUUAUAUUCGGCGAAUGAAUGAGCGAAGACCUCAACUGGAAAAUGUUGAGGAAGCCCUGGUUGCGAUGCAUCGCAUGAAGGAAAGUUAUUUGUUAAAUGUAACUGAUAUUGCCAAGGGAUUGCUCGAUGGCAUGCAGACAGAUGGAAAGCUUUCACCACUUGAAUGCUAUGAAAUGGGAUUACUUUAUUUUAAUGGAUCGCUUUAUCACAAAGCUGUCGAAUGGUUAGAAGCAGCCAAAAAAUUAAUGGAUAAAGCUCCUUCAGAUGCCUACGCUUUUUUGGGUCUAAGGCGUAGCAACAUUUCUUAUCUUUUAGCUAAAUCCUACACUGCUUUAGGAGACUUGCAGCUUGCUCGAAUUGUGCUACAGAUAGAACCUGAUUUAAGUUCUAGAGCUGAGCAGUUAUUGGAAUAUUUCCAACAAAAUAUUCCUCCAGUAAUUAAAGAUGAAAAGCUGAUCGAAUUUAAUGGAGAGUACGCUCAUCUCUGUAGUUCUUCCUAUAAACCAAAACCCACUCGUCUUUUGUGCUCUUAUAAAACAUCGCCAACGCCUUUUCUUCGAUUGGCUCCCUUUCAAAUGGAACAGAUCUCGAAGGAUCCCGAUAUAUUCGUGUUCCACAAUAUGAUCUCCAGCUCAGAGAUUGCCUUGCUGGAGGGGGAAACGGAAGCAUUGAUGGAUCGUGAACUUGUGAUUGCAGAGAAUGACAAACUCGUUCAUUCGAAUCAUCGCACACUUCGACACGUUUGGUUGCCUCAUCCACAAAUUUCUGAAGAAGUGCAGUGGCUGGUGAGUCGCAUAAAACAACGAAUGGAGGAUUUUUCAGAUUUAAUCGUUCUGGAACUGGAUCCUAUGGAGAUGCUCAAAUAUGGCUUUGGUGGUCACUUUAGUAUUCACAGUGAUUUCUACAACUUUACGGGGGCUUUCAUGGAGGAUCGCAUUGCCACCAUUGUGGUGUAUCUUAAUGAUGUGCCAAGUGGCGGUGGAACAAUGUUCCCUAAGCUCAACAUGACAGUGAAGGCAGAGGCUGGCAAAGCUCUUCUUUGGUAUAGCAUAAAGCCAGACACAUUUGAUUACGAGACGAGGACUGAACAUGCAGGUUGCCCAGUUAAAAUUGGCACUAAAUUGGUUUUGGCACAUUGGCUGUAUGAACACGAUCACAUGUUUUCUCUCCCAUGCAGGCAGCCUCCAAAAACCCGUAUUUACAUUGAACCUUAAUUUAAUAUGACUUUUAAAAUAUAUUUUAAUGGAUUUUUCGAUUGUUAGAAAUGCAAAGAGAAUAAUGAUUUAUUUA